UAUUAGUCGUCUGUCAACCUCAAAUUCGUCAAAUUAAAGAUUACCAAUUACAAGAACUUGAGAUAUUAGCUCUAGGCAACUCAAGACUCUUUGCUUAGUCUUUUUGCCCUAAAUUAAACAAUAAAAUCUAAUUUAUAUAUUUAAUUAUUAAUUACAAAGGUAAUUAAUUUUGUAUUUGAUAAUACCGAUUGGGAUACCAAAAUAUUUAGGGAUUGAGAUCGGGAUUGAUUUUAGCGUGUAAUUCGGUAUUCGGGAUUUCGGUAUUUGGUAUUGGGAUACCGUACCGUAUCGAUUUCCACCGCUAGUUCCAUUGCAAUCAAGUAGGGGUGUGCAACGGUUCGAUCCGGUCCGGACCGGAUCAAACUCAUGAGUCAUGAGAAUCGCAAUUUAUUAGUGAAAGACAUCUUAGGACAAAGGACCGAACCAUCAUUGCAUUCGGUCCAUUUGGUCCGAUCCUGUACGUUCCAAAUAUAAGCUCGGUCCAUCAUUUAUUCAAUAAUUGUCAAAUUCAUUUGGACCAAGCACCAAUCCGAUAUAGUUCGAUCCAAACUUCGAUUUGAUCCGGUCCUAGACCGGACCAUUGCAACCCCUACUAGCAAGUGAUGCCAUUGAGAAAAAUGCACAGCGAAAGGGCAAAUUCUGUUAAGUAAAAAUGGAACGAGCGAAGAGUCGAUCUAAAACCCUAGGAAAAACCCAGCUGCCUUGCCCAAGUUAAAAGUUAAAACACACUUCCACUGACGCCCUCUCCAACCACGGAACACCGAAGAAACCAUGGCCGCCUCUUCCCUCCCCCUCCGCCACCUCCGUCACCUCUCCACCACCGCCGCUGCUGCUGCUGACGCCGCCACAACAGCUGCUGCUGCGGCCGCUGAUUCCUCAAUCUCCAUCUCCAAGGCGAAAUCCAAGCUCCGAUACGAACACGACCCGGACAAAGCCCUGGAAAUCUACUCCUCCGUCUCCGAUCGCUACUCCUCCCCCGUCUCCUCUCGCUACGCCCAGGACCUGACCGUCCGCCGCCUCGCCAAGGCCCGCCGCUUCUCCGACAUCGAGUCCCUCAUCGAGGCCCACAAGUCCGACCCUAAGAUCAAGCAGGAGCCUUUCCUCGCCACGCUGAUCCGAUCCUAUGGCCUCGCCGGAAUGUUCGACAACGCUCUCUCAACCUACAACCAGAUGGACAAAUUAGGUACCCGUCGUUCCUCAAUCUCUUUCAACGCCUUGCUGUCUGCUUGCAAUCAGUCGAAACGUUUCGAUCAGGUCCCAAUCUUGUUCUCCGAUAUCCCGUCCAAAUACGGCGUUCGGCCUGAUAAGAUUUCAUACGGUAUCUUGGUCAAGUCUUACUGUGAGUCCGGGAAGCCUGAGAAGGGUUUGGAGAUACUGAGAGAAAUGGAAGAUAAAGGAGUGGAAGUGACUGCUAUCACGUUCACCACCAUUCUGAAUUGGUUGUACAAGAAAGGGAAUAGCGAAGAGGCCGAGAGGCUGAGGAAUCGAAUGGCGAGAAGGGGCUGUGAAGUUGAUGUUGCUGCUUAUAACGUUAGAAUCAUGAAUGCACAUGAUAAGGAGCCCGAGAAAGUUAAGGAAUUGAUCGAAGAGAUGGGGACUUCAGGGUUGAAACCGGAUACGAUCAGCUACAACUACUUGAUGACUUGUUACUGCAAGAAUGGGAUGUUGGAGGAAGCUCAGGAUGUGUACAAGAGGUUGGAGGAAUUCGGCUGCAAGCCCAAUGCCACCACUUUCAGGAGUUUGGUUUACUACUUGUGUCUGAACGAGAGGUUCGAGGCAGGGUACAGAGUGUUCAAGACUAGCGUGGGGCACAACAAGAUCCCGGAUUUUAAUACAUUGAAGCAUUUGGCAGAAGGGUUGGUGAAGAAGAAGAAGAUUAAAUCUGCGAAAGGGUUGAUUCGCACGGUCAGGAAGAAGUUCCCACCUAAUGUGUUGAACGCUUGGAGGAAAGUGGAGGAAAAUCUUGGCCUGGCAUCUGUUGCUGGUGAGGAUGAUGGUGAUAAUGAAGAGGAAGAUGAAAAUGAAAAUGAGAAUCGAGAAGCUGCAGCUCAAUGAUAAAUGAAGAUGUGGUUGUAAGAUUUUUGCUCUACUGCCAGUCAGUUUACUGUAUCUCAUAAAGUUGCUGCCAUGAUUGCUUCAGUUUGGCUUUGUAGUUUAGUUCUAGGAAGAUGUAACGCGCUUAGCUACCUUAGAGCUAAACUGGGGUUGAGAAGUUAAAUUUUGAGCUUUAGGCAUACACAACUUUGGUUUGAUUGGUUUAUUUGUCUGAUGCUGCCGAUGCUAUCAACAUGGGACAUGAAGUUAUGCUUUCAGUUGGGAUCCGAUUUUCUAUGUAUGUUCAAAUUAAUUUUGUAGUUUCAGGUAAAGACAGGUUCUUUUCACCUGAAUAUACGUAUUGAAGCUUGGAAAGUUUUGCUGGAGAGUGCACUUUUAGGUUCUGGUUGCAUGUGUGGAAGAGAGACAGAGAGAGCACAACAGAGUCAUGGAGAUUCAGAGAACAUUACUCCUUCCUGAAAAGGCUAUGGUUCAGGUCGUGUUCAUCUUUAUCGGAAAGAAAGGCUCUUUGUGUCAGUGUCGGAAGUGGACACAGCCUUAGCAAAACUGGCGUGUCUGGAAUGUGACGAUGAACACAGCCAGUGCUUAGGGCAUGUUGUUCCGGGGGUACUCGCCUCUCUUGUUAGCACGAGCUGAUGGCCAACGCAGCCUAGACAACGAGCCUGGGUCCAGGGCACGCUAUUCUCAAUAACUGAUUUUCUGGAUU